AUGGCCACCAAUAUGGCCACCAAUAUGGCCGCCAAUAUGGCCACCAAUAUGGCCACCAAUAUGGCCGCCAAGAUGGCCGCCAAGAUGGCCACCAAUAUGGCCGCCAAUAUGGCCACCAAUAUGGCCACCAAUAUGACCACCAAUAUGGCCACCAAUAUGACCACCAAUAUGGCCGCCAAUAUGGCCACCAAUAUGACCACCAAUAUGACCACCAAUAUGGCCACCAAUAUGGCCGCCAAUAUGGCCACCAAUAUGGCCACCAAUAUGGCCGCCAAUAUGGCCGCCAAUAUGGCCACCAAUAUGACCACCAAUAUGGCCGCCAAUAUGGCCACCAAUAUGGCUGCCAAUAUGGCCGCCAAUAUGGCCACCAAUAUGGCCACCAAGAUCGCCGCCAAUAUGGCCACCAAUAUGGCCGCCAAUAUGGCCGCCAAUAUGGCCACCAAUAUGGCCACCAAGAUCGCCGCCAAUAUGGCCACCAAUAUGGCCGCCAAUAUGGCCGCCAAUAUGGCCACCAAUAUGGCCGCCAAUAUGGCCACUAAUAUGGCCGCCAAUAUGGCCGCCAAUAUGGCCACCAAUAUGGCCACCAAUAUGGCCGCCAAUAUGGCCGCCAAUAUGGCCACCAAUUUGGCCGCCAAUAUGGCCACCAAUAUGGCCGCCAAUAUGGCCACCAAUAUGACCACCAAUAUGGCCACCAAUAUGGCCGCCAAUAUGGCCACCAAUAUGGCCACCAAUAUGGCCACCAAUAUGGCUGCCAAUAUGGCCACCAAUAUGGCCACCAAUAUGGCCACCAAUAUGGCCGCCAAUAUGGCCACCAAUAUGGCCACCAAUAUGGCCGCCAAUAUGGCCACCAAUAUGACCACCAAUAUGGCCACCAAUAUGGCCACCAAUAUGGCCGCCAAUAUGGCCGCCAAUAUGGCCGCCAAUAUGACCACCAAUAUGGCCACCAAUAUGACCACCAAUAUGACCACCAAUAUGACCACCAAUAUGACCACCAAUAUGGCCGCCAAUAUGGCCGCCAAUAUGACCGCCAAUAUGGCCACCAAUAUGACCACCAAUAUGACCACCAAUAUGACCACCAAUAUGGCCGCCAAGAUGGCCGCCAAGAUGGCCGCCAAUAUGGCCACCAAUAUGGCCACCAAGAUGGCCACCAAGAUGGCCGCCAAUAUGGCCACCAAGAUGGCCGCCAAUAUGGCCACCAAUAUGGCCACCAAGAUGGCCAAUAUGGCCGCCAAUAUGGCCACCAAGAUGGCCGCCAAUAUGACCACCAAUAUGGCCACCAAUAUGACCACCAAUAUGACCACCAAUAUGACCACCAAUAUGGCCACCAAGAUGGCCACCAAUAUGGCCACCAAUAUGGCCACCAAGAUGGCCACCAAUAUGGGCGCCAAUAUGGCCAUCAAUAUGGGCGCCAAUAUGGCCACCAAUAUGGCCACCAAUAUGGGCGCCAAUAUGGCCACCAAGAUGGCCGCCAAUAUGACCACCAAUAUGGCCACCAAUAUGACCACCAAGAUGGCCACCAAUAUGGCCACCAAUAUGGCCACCAAGAUGGCCACCAAUAUGGGCGCCAAUAUGGCCACCAAUAUGGCCGCCAAUAUGGGCGCCAAUAUGGCCACCAAGAUGGCCACCAAGAUGGCCACCAAUAUGGCCACCAAUAUGGCCGCCAAUAUGGCCACCAAUAUGGCCGCGAAUAUGGCCACCAAUAUGGCCGCGAAUAUGGCCACCAAGAUGGCCACCAAUAUGGCCGCGAAUAUGGCCACCAAGAUGGCCACCAAGAUGGCCACCAAGAUGGCCACCAAUAUGGCCGCGAAUAUGGCCACCAAGAUGGCCACCAAUAUGGCCACCAAGAUGGCCGCCAAUAUGACCACCAAUAUGGCCACCAAUAUGGCCACCAAUAUGACCACCAAUAUGGCCACCAAUAUGACCACCAAUAUGGCCGCCAAUAUGGCCACCAAUAUGGCCACCAAUAUGACCACCAAUAUGGCCACCAAUAUGGCCACCAAUAUGGCCACCAAGAUGGCCGCCAAUAUGGCCACCAAUAUGGCCACCAAUAUGGCCACCAAUAUGGCCACCAAGAUGGCCACCAAGAUGGCCGCCAGUCCUCAUUCCACCAGUAUCGGGGAAAUGGUCCAAAUCUCUGGAAAACCUGCUUCUGGUUGA